UGGCGUCGGCUUUCAGAAAGGGGCCGAUUUGCGGCAGUAUUUCGUGAAGUGACGCGAUCUCAGAAUUUGCGACCGUUUACCAAAUAGCCAUGGCGGACGUAACGAAUAACGACAGCGUGAAGAUGGCGGAGGGGGAGCGGAGUGCUGAGGAACUCAAGGAGAAGGCGAAUAAAUACUUUAAAGAUAAGGACUACGAUAAUGCCAUAAAGUAUUACUCCGAGGCCCUGGAGCUGAACCCGGACAAUGCCAUCUACUACAGUAACCGCAGCCUGGCCUACCUGCGCACGGAGUGCUACGGGUACGCCCUGGCCGACGCCACACGAGCCCUGGAGAUCGACAAGAACUACGUCAAGGGCUACUACCGCAGAGCUACCUCCAACAUGGCCCUGGGCAAGUUCAAGGCAGCCCUGAAGGACUACGAGACGGUAGUGCGGGUGAGGCCCAAUGACAAGGAUGCCAAGAUGAAGUACCAGGAGUGCAAUAAGAUCGUGAAGCAGAAGGCCUUCGAGAGAGCCAUCGCCAGCGACGAGCACAAGAAGUCGGUGGUGGACUCCCUGGACAUCGAGAACAUGAUGAUCGAGGAUGACUACACAGGGCCAAAACUGGAAGACGGGAAGGUGACGGUUAAGUUCAUGAAAGACAUGAUGCACUGGUUUAAGGAACAGAAAAAACUGCACAGAAAGUGUGCCUACCAGAUUUUGGUCCAAGUCAAAGAGGUGUUAGCCAAGCUUCCAAGCCUUGUAGAAAUAUCGCUAAAAGAGACAGACAAGAUCACUAUAUGUGGUGACACACACGGCCAGUUCUACGACCUCCUCAACAUAUUUGAGUUAAACGGCUUGCCUUCGCAGACCAACCCCUACCUUUUCAACGGCGACUUUGUAGACCGCGGCUCCUUCUCGGUGGAGGUCAUCCUCACGCUCUUCGGCUUCAAGCUGCUCUACCCCGACUGCUUCCACCUUCUGAGGGGGAAUCACGAGACUGACAACAUGAACCAAAUGUACGGCUUUGAGGGCGAGGUGAAGGCCAAGUACACAGCCCAGAUGUUCCAGCUGUUCAGCGAGGUCUUCCAGUGGCUGCCGCUGGCACAGUGUAUCAACGGCAAAGUGCUGGUGAUGCACGGGGGCCUGUUCAGCGAGGACGGGGUGACUCUGGAUGACAUCCGGAAGAUUGACCGGAACAGACAGCCUCCUGAUUCAGGUCCCAUGUGUGACCUCUUGUGGUCAGAUCCUCAGCCUCAGAACGGGCGGUCGGUCAGCAAGCGGGGCGUGAGCUGCCAGUUCGGUCCAGACGUCACGGACCGCUUCCUGGAGCAGAACAAGCUGCAGUACAUCGUGCGCAGCCACGAGGUGAAGGGCGAAGGCUACGAGGUCACUCACUCAGGGAAGUGCAUCACCGUCUUCUCCGCACCCAACUACUGUGACCAGAUGGGUAACAAAGGAGCAUAUAUCCACCUCAGGGGAUCUGACCUCAAACCAGAGUUUCACCAGUUCACUGCUGUGCCUCAUCCGAAUGUUAAGCCCAUGGCAUACGCAAAUUCCCUGAUGCAGAUGGGGAUGAUGUAGCGAGAUCGAUAGAGGGUCCUAUCUGCGUGCGACCGUAUCACCCCACCCUCUCCUCCGUUUCUCAGUCUGCCAGUUUUUUUUCUUGUUUUCUUUUGUUAGUUUUUUUAUUAUUUAACAAAUAGCAAGCACCCCCCCUCCCCCGCCCCAAAAGGGCUGAUGCCGCUUCCCCUGCUGCAGCCUGAACUGGAAUGCGCACUUCGACAUUAGCUGUGUAACGGACGAAACCGAGGGAGUCCCGUCGACUCCAGUCGUUCGCUCCGCAGGAAUUUGGAGCUGCUUGUGACGGAGUGGCUGUCCCGCUGCAGGAGUCUGGAGCCUCUUCCUACCGGAGACCUGCAGUCCAAUCGACUGGAAGCGCGUGGCUCUCUGCCGCCUCCAGGGUUUGAUUUGGCGAAUUGUGCUGCUGUUUAUCCCUGCUAGGCCAGUUGUGUGCGUGCGUGUGUGAACGUUUGUGUGCGAGUCUGUGUGUGAGCGAGCGUUUGUUUGUAUGUGUGUGUGUGUGCGCAUGUGUGUAUGACUGAGCGAGAUUAGUUGCAUGUUUGUAAGAGCAAGAACUAUGGUCAGUCAGCCCAGCACUUUCAAGAAAAUUUUGAUCUGAAAAUUAAAGGCUCAGUUCCCUCAAGCGAAAGACAGUUCUCAAUUUAUCCUUCAGUAACCACGUUGCUAAGCCUGGAGGUUUGUGUGUAAGGCAAAGGAAUCAAAGACAGGAGUCACUCUCCCUCACUGUUCUUCACAAUUCACCUCCAGAAGUGGUCAGUUCCUGGUCUCUACUCAUUCUGCACACACACACACACACACACACACAAACACACACAAACGUGUCUAUUAAAAACCGUCUAAUCCCUUACAUGCGUGUCUGUUCGGUCACAUCGCCCCCUUGCAGAUUGACAGUGAUGUUUGACUUAGAGCCCAUCUUCCUGUUUCUAAAGCGCACAGCAACAUUGUCCUAAGCUUUAUAGAUAAUGUUAUACAAAUGUGUAUGUAUAUAUAUAUACUGUAUAUCAUUUAAUAUUCCAGUGUACAUGUUUGGGGCGGGGAAGGAAAAAUAAAAAAUGGUCAUCAGUGAUUUUAAAGA